AUGAAUCGAAACUCUCCAUCGAAUUCAAAUCUUCAAACAAGAGAUCGAUCUCCAUCAAAUUCAUCAGUAGGCUCUCAUAAAACAAUUGACUCUGGUCUAUCAACAGCAAGUACAAACCUUAGUUCGACCAAUAGUCGAAGAAGAAAUGGAUUUCUAGGAAAAAUUGGAAGUGGUUUUCGAUCAGUAUUUCGACGAUUUUCUCGGCCGCAUACAUCAUUAACGGAAAUGGAAACUCGUAUAUUGUCAGCAACAACGGGUUAUAGUCGAGAAGAAGUUUUACAAUGGCAUCAAAAAUUCUUAACUGAUUAUCCAAAUGGUUAUAUGACUCGAAAACAAUUUAUAUCAAUGUAUAAAUCAUUAUUUCCCAAAGGUGAUGCUGAACGUUUUGCUCGUCAUAUAUUUCGUGCAUUUGAUCUUGAUAAAUCCAAUACAAUUGAUUUUCAUGAAUUUCUUAUGGGUUUAUCAAUAACAUCACCAACAAAUUCAAUAAAAACAAAACUUGAAUGGACAUUCAAUGUUUUUGAUAUUGAUGGAAAUGGUUUAUUGACACGACGUGAAUGUUUAGAAAUUAUUGAUGUUAUUGUUCGAUGUCAUUUAUCAUUACAAUAUGAUACACAAAAUUCAAAUACUGAACAAAUAAUUAAUCGAGCUAAAACAUCUAUGAUGAAUAUAUUUGAUACUAUUGCUAAUAAUCCAGCUGAUAUAUUAACUAAAACACAAUUUAUUGAAGGUUGUUCAAAAGAUGAAUUUAUUUCUCAAAUAUUAGCACCAACAGCAAAUACAGUAUUAACAAAUAGACAAGAUAGUCAUUCGAAUGAUUCAUAA